UAUAAAAGAAGAACGUGAUCAGAGAUCAGCAUCAUUUAAAGAAAACACUUCGACUAACACCUUCAGCACUCUCCAGAGGCUAAAAUAUGGAGAUGGUUUACCAUGAAGAGGAUUGUGUAUAUGAAAAUAUCCCUGAUGUCCCUGACCCAGCCAGGCGUGUUGAGUCAAAGAUCUGCUCUGAUGAAGAAAGGAAAGUGACUGCUGCAGAGCCCGGUAUUAAACGGUCCAGGCUGGCUGCUGUGGUCCUUGGACUCCUGUGUGUGAUACAAGCUGCUGUCAUCAUUUUCCUCCUUCUUUCUCUCUUUUCAGAGAGAGACGAGUUCAAGAGAACCAACUUUGAUGUUGAGGCUGGUUUCAAAAACCUGACUCAGGAGAGAGAUGACCUGAAGAGGAAGCUGAAUAGCUUCUUAACUCAAGGACGAUGGGAGUAUUUCAGCGGUAGUUUCUACCACAUUUCUUCUAUUGAGAAAACCUGGAAAGAGAGUAGAGAUGACUGUAUUCUAAAGGGUGCAAACCUGGUGAUUAUCAACAGCAAAGAAGAACAGGAUUUCUUAAGAAAAUUCCAGAAGCUCAUGUGGAUCGGCCUGACUGACUCAGAGACAGAGGGGACGUGGAAAUGGGUGGACGGGACUCCACUGAAUGAAAGCUACUGGGAUUCCGGGGAGCCUAACGGUGGGGAAAAGGAGAACUGUGUGAAAAUAAAGAAAUUUGAUUCAGAAAAAAGCUGGAAUGAUCUACGCUGUACCGCUCCACUCUACUCGAUCUGUGAAAUGAAAGUCCGUCCAUAACUCUCCAUCCAAACCCACCAGACAGAAAACUAACAACGAUAAAUAUAUUGCUGAUACAAUUUAAAUCUCCACAAAAGCAACCUGAAUGUGCUCAUGUACACAUCAUUUCCAAGUAAAAACAGCAUUUUAGGAUUUGCCAGCUCAGUGGGUGAUAAUCUGGAGCCUGGUGAUUUGCUCUGCAGUAAAGUGACCUGUUAACAUCUAGAAACUAAUGUCCAACCAGUUCACUGCUUUGGCUGAAAAGAA